AUGUCGGGCCCUGUGGACAGCUCCGUGCUGCGGUGGCGGCUGCGGGGCUCCUCAACGGGCACAACAGCAGCAGGUUUGGCUCUUCCGGUGUCUUGUGGGGAGUUGCGUGUACACCUGAAGCAGCAAAUGGGAGUUGCUGCUCUUCCAGCAAUUGAUUUGCUGCUGUCGCUCGAAGCUGCCCCAGAUGAAGUGGUAGCAGACAGCAUGCUGCUGCACGAGCCUCUGUGCGUCUUGGUGCAGCGGAAGCCUGCUGCUGCUGCUGCUGCUGCGCUACGCGAGGCGGAGCUGAAGUACCAGCAGCAGCUGCAGCAGCAGCAGCAGCAGGCCAGCGCGCAACUGCAGCAAAGCGCUGCCGCCGCUGCAGGCGGGGCUGCGGGCGGCGCUGCUGCUGCUGCUGCUCCAGGCAGCAGCGCGGGCGGCUUGGGCCUCAGCAGCGCCGACUAUGCUGCAGCAGCUUCAGCAGCAGCAGCAGCAAGUGAGGAGGAGCGGCUGCUGCUGCAGGCUGUCCUUGAUGUUCAUGACACAAGAAAAAGCUUCCAGAGAGGCGACAGCAGCAGCAGCAGAAGACAAGGCAGCCACAACUUCAUGUGGCUGCGGCCGCAGGAGGAGAGCAGCAGCAGCGCUGCUGCUGCUGCUGCUGCCUGCCGCUCCGUGCCGGGCGGGCCCGCUGCACUUGCCGCAGCGCGCCAGCAGCAGCAGCUGAUGUACCAGCAGCAGGAGCAGCACUACGCAGCAGCAGCAGCAGCAACUGCUGUUUCUUCAGAUUACAUUUGCCACAUGUGUGGGGAAAUGGGACACCACAUUAAAAACUGCCCAAAGUCUGCAGACGCGAAGCAGCAAAAAAAGAUCAGACCCGCAACAGGUUUGCCUUCUUCCUUUUUAAAGGACAUUUUGCCCUCCGAAAUCCACAGACACCAAGAAGUCUACAUCAAAAAAGACGGCAGCUUCGCAGUGCUCAAGACGGGGGCGCUGGGCAGCUUGAGUUUGCUGGGAUCGUCUUUGGAUUUACGUAUCCAGCGCCACGUGGGGGGAGCAGCACACUUGAAGUGCUGCUGCUGCAGUUCAAUUUUCAAGUCUCCGACGCUGACUCCUUGCUGCGGCGAGACUUUCUGCAGAGCCUGCAUAGUUCUCUACCUGCAGCAGCACCCUGCUGCUGCUGCGGACCCCGGCAGCAGCAGCGCAGCAGCAGCAGCAGCCGGCCUCGUCGGACACUGCCCCGGCUGCAACGCAGCCAUUGCUGCAGCAGACUUGGCUGCCAACACUGUGCUGCAGCAAAGCGUCGACACCGUCACCUGCGGCAACGCCGCGCGCUGGUCCUGGCAGCAGCAGCAGCAGCAGCAGCAGCAGCAGGCCGCAGCAGCAGCCGCAGCUCCCGCUGCAACAGCACCAGGCUUCCCCAAAGACGAGAACCUCCAGCCGGGCUCCCUCGCGGAACUGAUUUGCAGAAGAAGAGCUGCUGCUGCGCCAAGCGAGGACGCAACUGCAGCAGCAGCAGCAGCAGAAGCUGCAGCAGCUGCAGCAGCAACCAAGUCUCCAGCAGAUGAUGAUUCGCAGGCGGCGCAGCGGGUGAAGAAUGAGGUGCCAACCGACUCGCAGCCAGCAGCAGCAACAGCAGCAGCAGCAGAAGCAGCAGAAGCAACAGAAGGACCGACAGCUGCAGCAGCAACGCAAGAUGCAGCAGAGACGCGCACGGAAAAGAAGGAGGUGCCAGAUGGAGCAGCAGCAGCAGCAGCAGCUGCAGCAGCAGCAGCUGCAACAGCAGCACCAGCAGCAGCAGCAACUGCAGCAGCAAGCACAGAAACGGAGCUGCAAAACGAAGACGAUGAGUGUCUUCCCGACACAAGUGACUUGCUGCACUUCAACAUUCCUAUUGAGCAAAUCAUUGAGCAGCACCGCAUUGCAGCGGUGCAGAUCAAAGCCUACAGAGAGAAGCGAAAAGCAGCUGUGGCUCUAGAAACUGCCACAUGA